AUGGGAGAUAUUUUCGGUGGGUUGGCUGUACUAUACAUACUCCUUUUCUUCUUCUUCUUCUUCUUCUUCUUCUUCUUCUUCUUCUUCUUCUUCUUCUUUUUUCUUCUUUUUUCGUCUUCUUCUUCUACCACUACUUCUUUUUCUUCAUCUUCUUCUUUUUUCUUCAUCUUCUUUUUUCUUCAUCUUCUUCUUUUUUCGUCGUUUUCUUCUUUUUUCUUCUUCUUUUUUCUUCUUCUUUUUUCUUCUUCUUUUUUCGUCUUCUUCUUCUACUACUACUUCUUUUUUCUUCUUCUUUUUUCUUCGUCGUCGUCUUCUUUUUUUCGCCUUCUUCUUCUUUUUUCUUCGUCUUCUUUUUUCCUCUUUUUUCGUUUUCUUCUUCUACUUCUACUUCUUUUUUUCUUCAUCUUUUUUCUUCGUCUUCUUCUUUUUUUCUUCGUCUUCUUCUUUUUUCUUCGUCGUCUUCUAAUUUUUUCUUCGUCUUCUUCUUUUUCUUCGUCGUCGUCUUCAUUUUUCUUCUUCUUCGUCUUCUUCUUUUUCUUCUUCUUCUUUUCUUCUUCUUCUUCUUCUAUCUUUCUUUCUUUCUUUCUUUCUUUCUUUCUUUCUUUCUUUCUUUCUUUCUUUCUUUCUCAGACCUAUGCUGAUAAUUGGCUAACACCUGCCUGGUAUCGUUCGUUUGCAAAUUUUGUCGCGCCAUCUUUAUUUCUUUCUUUUUCUUUCUUUCUUGCUCAUUUCUUCUUUUUUUUUCUUUCUUUCUUUCUUUUUUUACCUCUUUCUUUCUUUCUUUCUUUCUUUCUUUCUUUCUUUAUUUCUUUCUUUCUUUCUUUCUUUCUUUCCCCCUUCCUUUCUUUAUCUUUCUUUCUUUCUCAGACUUGCGCUGACUAUUGGCUAACACCUUUCUAUAUCGUUCGUUUGCAAAUUUUGUCGCGCCAUCUUUCUUUCUUUCUUUCUCUUUUCCUUUUUUUUUCUUUCUUUCUUUCUUUCUUUCUUUCUUUCUUUCUUUCUUUCUUUCUUUCUUGCUUGCUUGCUUCCUCUCUUCCUUUCUUUCUUUCUAAGACUUCCGCUAACACCUGCCUAGUAUCGUUCGUUUGCAAAUUUUGUCGCGCCAUAUUUCUUUUUUCUUUCUUUCUUCCUCCUUUCCUUUCUUUCUUUCUUUCUUUCUUUCUUUCUUUCUUUCUUUCUUUCUUUCUUUCUCUCUCUCUUUCUUUUUGUUUCUUCCUUUCUUUCUUCUCAGUAGCUCUUUCUCUCAUUUUCUCUUUCUCUUUUCCUCACUAUUUCUCUAUUUCUCCCCUUUCAAUUAAACUGCCUCUCUCAGUUUCUAUUUUAUCACUUUCUCUCUCUCUCUCUCUCUCUCUCUCUCUCUCUCUCUCUCUCUCUCUCUCGGCUUACGGUCGCACCACGUUGAAACACCGGUUCCCUAAAUUGGUUAUUUCUCUCUCUCUCUCUCUCUCUCUCUCUCUCUCUCUCUCUCUCUCUCUCUCUAUAUAUAUAUAUAGGAAUGCCAAAGCUGGACACCAAAAUACGGGUUUAUAG